AUGGUGUGGACCCAUCUGGAGCUGCAGCUGUGUUUCCGGGGGAAGAAGCUGAGAGGCUUCAGCUGCAAAGUGACCCGCGUGACCCACGGCUUCCUGUCGGAGAGCUCAUGGAGCAUCGCCGGCCAGGUGCUGCUGCCCUACCUGCUGUCCGGCCUGGGCAUGGUGGCAGCCGGGAUAGUCAUGGACAAAGUGCAACACUGGGAGGUGUUCAGGGAGAUAUCAGAAGUGUUUAUCUUGGUGCCAGCCCUGCUGGGGCUGAAGGGGAAUCUGGAGAUGACGCUGGCAUCCAGACUGUCAACGGCGGCCAACACAGGGCAGCUGGAUGUGCCUCAGCAGCAGCGGAGCAUAGUUUGCAGUAACCUGGCUCUCAUUCAGGUCCAGGCCACGGUGGUGGGCUUCCUGGCGGCGGUCGCAGCGGUGGGUCUGGGUGUCUUGAUGAAGGGGACUGUGGAUUUGGUCCAGGCUGCCGUCCUCUGUGCCAGCAGCGUCACCACGGCGUUCAUCGCCGCACUGUCUCUAGGCCUGGUGAUGGUGGCAGUGAUCGUCGGCUCCAGGAAGGUGGGCAUCAACCCCGACAACGUGGCCACGCCCAUCGCUGCCAGCCUGGGCGACCUGAUCACCCUGUCUCUGCUCGCCGGGGUCAGCAGCUUCCUGUUCCAAUACAGAGACAUGUGGUACCUGCCUGCUGUGGUGUGCGUCUUCUUCCUGCUCCUUAUCCCGCUGUGGCUCACCAUCGCCCCUCUCUCUCCACCAAUCAGAGAGGCGCUAAGGUCCGGCUGGCAGCCUGUCAUUGUGGCCAUGUGCAUCAGCAGUGUCGGUGGUCUGAUUCUGGAUAAGACAAUGAGCGACCCAGCCUUUGAGGGCAUGGCGGUGUUCACACCUGUCAUCAACGGUGUCGGGGGAAACCUGGUGGCCAUCCAGGCCAGCAGGAUCUCUACCUACCUCCACUACUGGAGCGUGCCUGGAGCUCUUCCUCUGAGGAUGGCUGUGAACUGGAUCUACCCCUGGGCCACUUUCUGCUCCGCAGACGUGAACUCCAAAUCAGGCAGAGUCCUGCUCAUGCUCGUGGUCCCGGGCCACCUCCUCUUCCUCUACACCAUCCACCUCCUGCAGGCAGGCCACACUGCCAUGACACCGGCCUUCAUCACCCUGUACCUGCUUGCAGCUCUCUUCCAGGUAGUGAUCCUGCUGUACGCGGCCAACCUGCUGGUGUGCUGGCUGUGGCGCAGGGGAAUGGACCCCGACAACUUCUCCAUCCCGUACCUCACCGCUCUGGGUGACCUGCUGGGAACCGGCUUCCUCGCCCUCACCUACCGACUGAUCCUCACGGCCUCCUCCACUGAGACCGGACUCUGACACAAGUGCAGACUGGACUAUACCUGAGCUAAGUCGUGCCGUGUGCCCCCGAAUAUACUCUUCCCAAAAACACAAGCGACUGAGACAUAAAACAAUUUGGAUUGAAAGGAAGGGAAAAGGGGUCACAGGGGAAAACACUCUGGCCUCAUGCAAAAAUAAGAAGGGAAACAACAUGGAGCGAGUCAGAAAGAGUAAAGUGUGGCAUGUGCGGCCCAUUGCGCUUUGGUCUCUUGUUAACUCGCUGUGGUCAGUAGUAAACAGGCAGUUCACAGGAGUUUCACCGGCCUCGCUGUCAACAC